AUGACAUCUCCCUAUCCUCCAGAUAUCUCGGCAGAAGAAUCCGAUCAACUUCUUGUGACCAUCAAAGAUUGGUCCAUAGCUCAUGGAUUGGCAGUGAGACCCCCACCAGCAAUUAUCUCGACCAAAGCAGAUCCUCAUGGUGUCUUAGCAACCACUGCACCAGUCACUCUAUUUCCGAGUCCCUUUCCUCGAAUAUGUUUCGAGCAGGCCAAAUCGGUUCAGAAAGAUUACAAUAUCUUAUAUGCAUCUAUUGCUCAAGAUGAAGCUUUUCUCAAGGAUAUUGUUCAAGAAAUUAUUGAAGUGGAUGAUUUCAUUGCCCAACUUUGGCAUGUUCACGUGAAAGUUCGAACUGAAGGUUAUGUUCAGAACCUCUCUCUUGGUCUUUUUCGAUCAGAUUACAUGGUUCAUCAAGAGACAUCGGAUGCCACGCCUACGAUCAAGCAGGUCGAAUUCAAUACCAUCGCUUCUUCCUUUGGAGGAUUGUCCUCUCAAACUUCGCAAAUGCAUAAAUAUCUGUCAUUGAGUAAUUACAACCUUCUUAGUAAGGAUGUAAGUAAAUCACUUGACCUCCCAGAGAACACAAGCACCAUAUCAUUGGCUUCUGGAUUGUCACAAGCUUUUGAUUCCUACAAGAAAUCCAGUCCUAGUUCUCAACACGAUUGCUGCACAAUCUUCUUGGUGCAGACGCCGGAGCGAAAUAUUUUUGAUCAAAGGCACCUUGAGUAUGAGCUGCAAAAGCAGGGUAUACCAGUUUUUCGAUUGGCAUUCUCCGAAGUCCUUACUCAUACAACCGUGGCUCAAACUCCAAAAAGAGAGCUCCUGUAUUCACCACCAAGCAAUCCUUCCAAGAAAUUUGAAGUAGCGGUUGUCUAUCUCCGUGCCGGAUAUGGUCCUCAAGACUACCUCGACGAAUUGGCCUGGGAAGGUCGUUUCCAAAUCGAACGUUCAAACGCAAUCAAAUGCCCUUCAAUCUUGACUCAAUUGGCUGGAGCCAAGAAAGUCCAACAAGUACUUGCUACACCAAGAACUCCCUCUACACCAUCAAUCCUGAAUCGCUUCAUCAAGACAAGCGAUGUGGAUCUCGAAAGACUGGAAGAUACCUUUACAAACAUCUUCCCACUCGACGAUACCAUAGCCGGACUCGAAGCCCGAAAGAUGGCCAUCGAUCCAGAACGCUGCAACGGAUAUGUCCUAAAGCCCCAACGCGAAGGCGGCGGUAACAACAUCUACCGCUCGGCCAUCCCCCCAUUCCUCAAGUCCCUUCCCGAAUCCCAUUGGAAAUCCUACAUCCUCAUGGAAAUCAUCACUCCACCACCGGUUCACAACAUGAUUUUACGAAAUGGCAUCAUUGAGAAAGGUGGGGUGAUCUGUGAGCUUGGUAUCUAUGGUACAUGUUUGUGGGACCAAGCUACCUCGGAAAUCAUACAUAAUGAGGAAGCGGGAUAUCUCUUACGGACAAAGGGUGAUAAGAGUGAAGAGGGUGGAGUGGCGGCGGGUUUUGGGUCCAUGGAUAGUGUGGCGCUUAUUUAG